GAAGUCAGGAGGGUAACCUCUCCUCUGCUUACGUUUAACCUUUCUUUUCUUGAGCUCCUGUUAGAGGUGAAAAAUUCGCUACAAAGUUCUUAUAAGAAAUGGAAGCUCAGGAAGAUGUGCUAAAAAAAUUCAUAGGUUUGGGUUUGAGUGAAUCUAAAGCAAAAGAAACAAUUAAAAAUUCAAAUGUUACCAAUAAUUUAUUAACCAUUAUAAAACUAGUUAAUAGUGAUGCAAUACCGCAGCCCAAUGGAAUUUUAUUGUACCAUCUUGCUACUAAAAUGAAACCUCAGAUGGCUCGACACUUACCAAUUCUAGUUGAGUAUAUAAUGCAAAAUAACUUAGACUCUACACUGAGAGUAGAUAAGGCUAUAGAGUAUGCUAUAGGACAUAUUGAUAACUUUUCGAAAGAGGAUUUCAAAAAUUAUUGUGGUAUUGGAGUUGUAGUAACUCCCGAACAAAUAGAGAAUGCUGUUGAAACAUUGAUCAAUGAGAACAAGGAAGAGAUUAUCUCGAAAAGAUAUCGUUUCAACUCAGGUCUCUUGAUGCAAAAAGUGAGAAACUCAUUACCAUGGGCUGAUGGAAAGGCAGUUAAAAAUGAAAUUGAUUUACAAUUCGUGACACUUUUGGGACCCAAGACAGAAGCAGAUCUGGCUCCGCCUCCGAAACAAGAAAGAAAAGUGAAGCCUAAAGAAGAAAAAACUAGUAAGACAGUUGAAAAGAGCAAAGCAGGAGAUGAAAUAAAAAAUGCUCUCUCUAUAUUAGAUGUUAUGAAAAAAAUUGAUUUUCAUAAACCUGGUGAAAAUUUCAAAACAGAUGGGUAUGUUGUAACGGCAAAUACCCAGAAAUUAUUGGAAGAGCACUUGAAAAUAACUGGUGGUAAAGUUAAAACUAGAUUUCCUCCUGAACCAAAUGGUAUUUUACAUAUCGGACAUGCCAAAGCUAUAAAUAUAAAUUUUGGUUAUGCAAAAGCUAACAAUGGAACAUGCUACCUCAGAUAUGAUGAUACUAACCCUGAAAAAGAAGAGGAAAAGUUUUUUGUGGGAAUUAAAGACAUGGUUACUUGGUUAGGUUAUGAACCUCAUAAAAUAACCCAUUCUUCUGAUUAUUUCGACCAGUUAUAUGAAUGGGCAGUAGAGCUCAUUAAAAAAGGGUUGGCUUAUGUUUGCCAUCAAACUGCUGAUGAGAUGAAAGGAUUCAAUCCAGAACCUUCACCUUGGAGGAACCGCCCAAUAGAAGAGAAUCUCCAACUUUUUGAAGACAUGAAGAAUGGUAAAAUAGAUGAAGGCACAGCAACUCUGAGAAUGAAAAUCACUUUGGAAGAAGGAAAACUAGAUCCUGUUGCUUAUAGAGUGAGGUUCAUUCCUCAUCACAGAACAGGAGAUAAGUGGUGCAUCUAUCCAACUUAUGAUUUCACUCAUUGCCUUUGUGAUAGCAUUGAAAAUAUCACCCACUCUCUAUGUACCAAGGAAUUCCAGUCAAGACGUUCAAGUUACUAUUGGUUAUGUAAUGCUCUAGAUAUUUAUUGCCCUGUACAAUGGGAAUAUGGCAGACUCAAUGUUAAUUAUACCGUUGUUUCUAAAAGAAAAAUUGCUAAACUCAUUGAUUGUGGUAUUGUGAAAGAUUGGGAUGACCCAAGACUCUUUACAUUGACCGCUCUUCGUCGUAGGGGGUUUCCUGCUGAAGCAAUCAAUAAUUUCUGUGCUCAACUUGGCGUUACUGGUGCUCAAAGCACAGUAGAUCCUUCAAUGUUGGAAGCCUAUGUGAGGGAUUACUUGAAUCAUGUGGCUCCGCGGCAGAUGGUAGUGAUUGAACCACUAAAAAUUGCAAUUGAGAAUUUUCCCCAUAACAAACCUGUAUCAAUUGAAGUUCCGAAAUUUCCCAACAACCCUGAAUUGGGGUCUAGAACAGCCAUUCUAGAUCGAAUAAUCUAUAUUGAAAGGACUGAUUUCAUGGAAGAAGGAAUCAAAGGUUUUAGAAGGUUGACUAAGAGCCAAUGUGUUGGUCUGAGAUAUGCUGGACUUGUCUUAAAUGUACGUAAAAUAAUCAAGGAUCAUGAUGGAUUAGUAUCUGAGGUUAUAUGCAAAUGUAUUGAAGUUAAGGACGCUCCUGAUAAACCUAAAGCAUUCAUCCACUGGGUCAGUAAUCCAAUGGAAAUUCAAGUAAACCUAUUCUCCCCCCUCUUCAACCACAAGAAUCCUGAAGACCCAAAUGAAGUUCCUGGGGGAUACCUCAGUGAUUGUAAUUUGGAUUCCCAUAAGAUAGUGAGAGGUUUAGCAGAUGUGUCGUUGAAAGGAUCAAAGGUAUAUGACAAGUUUCAGUUUGAAAGGGUUGGAUUUUUCUCGGUAGAUUCAGAUACAACAAAUGAAAUUUUGGUACUGAACCAAACUGUUGGACUCAAGGAAGAUGCAGGAAAGUAAUACUUUCUGUGAAUUUUAUUUAUUGAAAAUUAUUAUAUUUUCAUAAAAAUA